GUCGCCACUCCCCCUUUCUCACCCGUCGGUCGGUGAGUCUCCCUUGACGACCUCGUGCUGGAGAGACGACCACGACCACCACCACUACCACUUCACCGACACACGCACACACACACACACACACACACACAGCAGACUUCCAGGGGGACCCCAUGUCGCAGUUCUCGUCCAUGACGACCAACGAGAGGAAGAUGCAGGCGGCGGCCAUCAGCAGGGAGAUCUACGGGGGGGAAGACGUGGAGAUCGACCUGGGGAAGAAGAUGUGCGUUCCUAAGGACAUCAUGCUAGACGAGCUGUCCGUGGCCUCCAACCGUGGCUCCCGGCUCUUCAAGAUGCGCCAGAAGCGCUCGGAGAAGUACACGUACGAGAGCAUCCAGAACCCGCCCGCCGCCCCCCUGGACGGAAUCGUCCUUGAAAGUCAGAACGGCGACACAACGGAGGGUCAGAACGGCAGCUCUGACCCGGCCCCUGAGACAGGACCUGAAACAGCAGAACCCAACCCAGAGAGCAUUGCACCAGGGUACGGAGGUCCCCUGAAGGACGUCCCGGCGGAGAAGUUCAACAUCACGUCGGUGCCCAAGUCCUACCACUCCCCGUGGGAGCAGGCCCUCACCAGCGACCCCGCCCUGGCAGAGACGCUGUUGGCCGCGCUGCCGGAGCCCGUGGCCCAGCCUCUCCCGGGCUACAAGAGCUUUAACAGGGUGGCCACCCCGUUCAGAGGAUUCGGGGGCCCCCCCCGCUCCAUCCCCACGGCCGACCCGGAGCCCCGCCCCGACCUCCUGGACCUCAGCGCCGCCACCGCCGCGCCGGCCGGGCCGUGCCGGCCCACCUUCAACCGGCACGCCACGGGCUGGGUGCCGGUGGGCCCGCCCCCCACCCUCCCCAAGGUCUCCCUGCAGCCCAUGCUGAUCCCCGAGUCGGACGACCUUUGACCCCUCACUCCUGCCCGCCGCGAUGAGGUCAUCGUCAUGACGACGAGUCUCUGGCUGCCGCUGGGUCUGCCCCCUACGAAGGAGUUCUGGGUGGGGGGGGGCUCUGAUGGAGGGCAUUAGGGUGCAUGGAGUCAGAGAGAGACAGAGAGGGA